AAUUUAGAAAUUUAUAUUUUCUCAAAUCCCAACUAAAAUAUAUAUUUUUUGGCUGGUCAAUCCAGUCCCUUCUCAAAUCCCAAACGAUUCUCACUCCCGCCAUUUUUUUCCUCUUGGAAACAAAAUCAAGAGAUGGUUAGAACAAAAGGAACCUAAAAAAACAACCUUGUAAAAUGGACCUUAAAACAAUCAAACUCACAAGAGUUCUCCUCAAAAACACCAACGAUCCUAAGAUUUCAUGGUAUCUUUUCAAGCGCAUUCUCUCCUUACCAGUCACCCAACAAUGUCCUCAAUCCAUUCCCAUCAUUACCCGCAUCCUCAUUCGCGCCAAAAUGCUUAACGAACUCGAUGAUUUACCCCAACUUCUCAUUGCCUCACAGCCUCAAGAAACCUUGCAUACUUCUCUUGUAUCAUUCAUAACAGUUUUAGCGAAAUCGGGUCUUUUUGGUAAGGCCAUUUCGCAAUUUAAAUCGUUGCGUUUUCGAUUCCUUGACAACCCACCUUCUAUCUAUUUGUAUAAUGUUCUCCUUAGAUCAUGUACUAAAGAGGGUCGUGUAGAUUGUGUUUCUUGGUUGUGUAAAGAUAUGGUGGCUUCUGGGGUGUCUCCAGAGACUUAUACUUUCAAUGUUUUGAUUGGUUUGCUUUGUGAUUCGGGUUGUUUGGAUGAUGCUCGAGAGUUGUUUGAUAAAAUGCCUGAGAAAGGUUGUGAACCGAAUGAGUACAGUUUUGGAAUUUUGGUUCGUGGGUAUUGUAGAGCUGGAUUUACUAGUAAAGGCUUGGAGCUUUUGGGUGAAAUGAGGAGAUUAGGGUUUCCCCCCAAUAAGGUCGUUUAUAAUACCCUGAUUUCGAGUUUUUGUAAGGAAGGUAAAACUGAUGAUGCUGAAAAAUUGGUGGAUGAGAUGAGGAAGGAUGGUUUGUCUCCAGAUGUGGUGACUUUCAAUGCUAGGAUAUCGGCUUUGUGUAGUUCUGGGAAGGUUCUUGAAGCAUCAAGAAUUUUUAGGGAUAUGCAAAUUGAUGAAGUGCUAGGGCUUCCUCAGCCUAAUAUUAUUACGUAUAAUUUAAUGCUUGGGGGGUUUUGCAAGGAAGGAAUGUUAGAAGAAGCUAGGGCCCUGUUUGAGAAAAUGAAAGCAAGUGAAAAUUUAAUGAAUAGAGAGAGUUACAAUAUUUGGUUGCUGGGUUUGGUUAGAAUUGGGAAGCUCUUGGAGGCUCAGUUAGUUCUUAAAGAAAUGGUGGAUAUGGGCAUGGAGCCUAAUGUAUACUCAUAUAAUAUUGUGAUUGAUGGGCUCUGCAAGCAUGGGAUGCUCUUUGAUGCAAGAAUGCUGAUGCGUUUAAUGACAAGCAGCGGUGUUUUGCCUGAUACGGUAACAUACACCACUUUACUUCAUGGGUACUGCCAUACAGGGAAGGUAUCUGAAGCUAACAAUGUUUUGCGUGAGAUGAUGAGGGAUGGCUGCUCCCCGAAUAAUUAUACUUGCAACAUUUUGUUGUACAGUCUGUGGAAGGAGGGAAGAAUAUCAGAAGCAGAAGAGUUGCUGCAAAAGAUGAAUGAGAAAGGUUACACCAUCGAUACAGUGACAUGCAAUAUUGUGAUUGAUGGUCUAUGUAACAAUGGGAAGUUAGACAAAGCAAUUGAAAUAGUAAAUGGGAUGUGGACUCAUGGAAGGGCUGCUCUUGGUAACUUGGGGAACUCAUAUAUCGGCCUUGUUGAUGAUAGUGAUAGCAGGAAAAAAUGCAUGCCUGAUCUAAUCUCAUAUUCAACCAUAAUUAGUGGUUUAUGCAAGGCUGGGAGGGUUGGUGAAGCUAAAAAGAAGUUCAUUGAGAUGAUGGGGAAAAACCUGCAGCCUGAUUCAACUAUUUACGAUGUGUUCAUACAUAGCUUCUGCAAAGAGGGUAAGAUAUCAUCUGCAUUUCGAGUACUCAAAGACAUGGAGAAAAAAGGAUGCAACAAGACCCUGCAAACUUAUAAUUCAUUGAUCACGGGCUUAGGGAGUAAAAACCAAAUAUUUGAAAUUUAUGGAUUGAUAGAUGAGAUGAGAGAAAGAGGGGUUUCUCCUGAUGUCUCAAUAUACAAUAAUGUGCUUAGCUCUCUAUGUGAAGGGGGAAGGGUUAAAGAUGCCCCUUCUGUUUUGGAUGAGAUGCUGCAAAAGGGCAUUUCUCCGAGUAUUUCAUCCUUCAUUAUACUAAUUAAAGCUUUUUGCAAGGCUUGUGAUUUUAGUGCAGUGGAUGAGAUAUUCGAGAUUGCUCUGAAUGUUUGUGGCCACAAGGAGGCCCUUUACAGUUUAACAUUCAAUGAGUUACUUGUUGGAGGUGAAGUUGUCAAAGCUAAAGAGCUGUUUGAAACUGCCUUAGAUAGAUCUUUUGAUGUGGGGAAUUUUCUCUACAAGGAUCUCAUUGACCAUCUCUGCAAAGAUGAGAAGUUGGAUGAUGCUAGUGGCAUUCUACACAAGUUGACAGAUAAAGGAUACUGGUUCGAUCCUGCAUCAUUCAUGCCUGUGAUUGAUGGUCUUGGUAAAAGAGGAAACAAGCAUGAGGCUGAUGAACUUGCAGAGAAAAUGAUGGAAAUGGCUUCAGAAGGUAAGGUAAAAAAUAAGGUCCAUCGAAAUGCAAGGAGUUCCAUCCAAGGGAAGAAGAAUAAGGAUGGUGAAAGUGAAUGGCAGACCAUAUUGCACAGAGAUGAUGGCAGUGGAAUUGCACUGAAAGCUCUUAAGCGUGUACAGAGAGGCUUGGAUCAGGGAAGCAUAUCAAGUUUGGAGCCCCAGAAAGAUGACUUCCUUGAUUACUGGGAAGGUAGUCGUUAAAUGAUUUGGAUCAUUGGGACUGAAGCUGAAGUUUCCUGGGCAAAAACUGAACAUCUGAUGUGUGGCUAGAUGGUAUGUUUGAUGCCAAACCUGAGGCUGCAGAAAUGAUGCUGACCUGUUCAUUAGUGCUUUUGCAGUGGACACAGUAUUGUUUAACAAAAAUUUAUCUUUAAUGCAAGAACCAUUCAGCCUAAUGAUAAGUAAAGAGCCCGUACAAGAGUUCUGCAGAGGUCCACGCAUCAUCAGAUUGGAAUUGCAGAAACUACUUGGUAGACAGUGAGAGCCCGCUUUGGAUUUCUUCAUAGCCCUUUCCUUCAUCAGUCUUAAUGUUAGUUAUACGCGUAGUUUUGGCUGCUUCUUGUUCUUCUCUUGUAGAUGUUGGAGGUAACUGUUAAUAUGGUAGCAGUUUCACUUGCUAAGUUACUAUGGGAAUGAGGAUGUCUCCUCCCUCAUGCGGGCAUACUGUAGGCACCAAAACAGCUAUUAUAGUUACUAGAUAGAAUAUAAGAUGGAGUGCUGAGCCUCCAUGUGGAAUCAGAUGCAUUUUUGUUACUUUCAGAUGAAUAAAUGCUCUCUAUUAAGGUCCUUUUUUGGCACAAAAAGGGCAAGUGAAAUGUAAUUGUACAUUCAGUGUCUUGCAGUUCAAUAAGAAUAUUGAAGGUAAGAGCAGGCUUAAAAUUUGUUUA